UCUUCCUCUUUUGUAACUGGCAGUCACAAGGCAAAGUGCAAAAUAGCCCAGUGACAGAGAGAGCACAAACCGUGAGUGGGCUGGAGAGCAGAGUGGCUAGGAGGUCUUUGAGUGGUGGGGGAGACAAGGCUGAAAGACAAGCAUGGCCGAGGCCAUCACCUAUGCAGACCUGAAGUUUGUGAAGGCGCCCCUGAAGAAGAGCAGCUCCAGCCCGUUAGAACAGGACACAGAGGACUACGAGGAUGGGGAGCUCACCUAUGAGAAUGUGCAAGUGGCCCCCACCCCAGCGGGGGCCCCGGGCGUGGCUUCCUCUGGCCUUGGGGACAAAGCGAGGGUCAAGGCAGAGCAGACAGCUAAAUCCUGGAGUUGCAUGAAGCUCUCAGCUGGGCGGGUUCUCUCCUGCCCCACCUCCCCCUCCUGCCUGCAGUACCUCCUGAUCGGCCUGCUCCUCAUCUGCCUGCUGUUAGGAGUGGCCGCCAUCUGCCUGGGAGUGCGUUAUCUGCAGUUGUCUCAGCAGUUCCAGCAGGUGACCAGGGUUCUGGAAGCCACAAACAGCAGCCUGAGACAACAGGUCCGCCAAAGGAUAACUCAGCUGGGGCAACAGGAGGAGGAACUGCAGGAAUGCAGGAGCCAGCUGGCUCAGAGUCAGGAGGAACUACAGGAGCAACAGAGGGUUCACCAGGCCACUGAGGGGCAGCUACUGGCCUGCCAGUUGGAUGGCGAGAAGACCAAAGAGACCUUGAAAAGGGAAGAGGAACAGAGAAGAGCCUUGGAGCAGAGGCUGAACAGCGUGCAGGACAGACUGAAGUCUUCUUCCAUAUGUCCCACAUUAGAUUCUUGCUGUCCAGUGGGAUGGAAGCUGCAUGAGAGAAGGUGCUUUUACUUUUCACAUGCUCUCAAAACCUGGGAGGACAGUCGGAAGCAUUGUACAUCUCUGUUCUCCAACCUGGCCACAUUUCAUGAAGAUCAAUCCUCCUAUCAAGUAAGCAUCAUCUUAUCCCCAGGUACUGCUAGUGAGAGUUCAUAUUCAUUUUGGUCUAGCUCCAAAUAUAAGGGGCAGUGGUGGAUUGGUAACUCAAAACACUCUGGGUCUCCCAUUCUAAAACAAUGUUUCAAGGUACAGCUUUGGUCGUGGACACGAAUACAGGAAGAGACAUGUACAGAGUCUCUCCUCUUCAUCUGUGAGCAGGAAGCUUUCAGGCUUCCAGAAGAGGACCAGGCUUGAACUGAGUUGGGUACUCCUACCAACAAGAACAUGAUCAUCCAAGACCUGUGACCCAAAGGUCCUAAGGUCAUCAUUCCCUGGCAUUCCUUCACUCUAGGCAUGGCCAGCCAAGGGCUGAUGCAUGUCUGAUACUUCUAGCAGCCUACUGCCUGCUUGAAACUAUCCAAGAAGCAGAAUUGUUCCUGGGAGGAAUAAAACCAAGUCCUCUGGAAA